AAAGUUUACCAGAUGUAUAAAUAAUUGUUGUCGAAUAAUUUGACUGUUUGGACUUUUGAUCGUGUUGUAGAAUGGGCCGCCGGGCCAAGGAGGUGAGGUGAAGCGGAGGAAAGGGCGCCGAAAAAUUCCAAUCCUCCGCGUCGCCGACAAUGAAAUGGGAAUCUGGGAACGAUAGGCCCGUCGUCCAGCCUUCGCCCGGUUUCCCCAACGUGGUGCGGUACGAGAGGUGCGACUACCUCCCGCAGGGGGUCCCUGGCCGGGCUCGGAUCUCGGAGACCCUCUACACGUCGAGCCCGCCGACCUUCGUCGAGAUCCACAGCCCUAGGACGGUCAGCUCGGACAUGUACAAGGUAAUCAACAGACCCCCAGCGGAGGUGGACGGCAUACCGAACUUCAGGGGGAGUCCCGAUCGGACCAUCUGGUCUAUGGAGCAAGACGUCCCAUACCCAGUACACGCCUUCCCGCCCUACUACCCUUUUCCGGAGCAACCUGCUGUCGUGCCACGCGACAGUAAAGAACCUGCCAAUGCGAGGAGAACCUACGACAAACCACAUAAGAAACCGGCCAAGACACCGCCCAAAGCGUACGAACCGGGUAAAGUCUAUGAACCGGCUUAUUCCCCGUCUUUCACGGAAGAGCUGAGAAGGAGCGAGUACAUCAAAUCGAUAGGGCACCCUUACAACCCGGGUUUGUUAAAAAGUUACGUCGAAUCUUACAACCAGGGGUUCGUCCAUCUGAACGGGUACACACAGGACGACGCGGACAGGAUAUUCGGCAAGGACAUGACCCCUAAUCCUCAGUUCAUGAUGUACCCUCACUUCAAAGGGCCGCCGGUCGUUUAUAACGGGCUUUACAACCCUAACAUGAUGGUCAUCAAUAGGACGGUCUCGUCGUCGACGUCCGACCUGCCUAAAAAAAGGGGGCCGAUAAGGCGGCACAGCAUACUGAAGCCUGAGAACCACAUGUCAUCCCAUUCUUUGAGGAGGAGGGGCGAUUCACCCAGUGUGAUCGCGAGGAACAUUUACAACCUGAGCACGCCGGAUUCUUCCGCGCCGGACAGCCCGAUCCCUUCAAGGCCACAGUCCCCAUCGGACCUGAACCAUUUCCCUGAGGAGAACCCGCCUUUCAGGGCGGACCGCGAGUCCCAGACGAAUACGUCAUUCCUCCUCAAGAACUUUCUCAAGAGGGAACAGAGAGAAAAAGAACAGGAGGAAUACUCCUCGCCCCAUAAGAAGGGCGUCUCGCUGAACCCCAUUACGAUGUCUCGAGUCGAUGGGUCCGGCAGGGAGCGCAAAAAGAAGUUCUUGAGGAAAGCCAUCGCCAACGACAGCUCCUCUACUUUCGUCUACGACUCGAGAAAGCAAAAGACGGAGGAGGCCAAGAUGGUCAGGCAGUCGCUCAAGGACAAAGAGACCGAAACCAAUCCCCUCGAGACCGACGCCAAAGGGAUCCAGACUUCCGCAACCAACUUGAACAACAAGCAAUAUAGAACGAGAAGCACGUCCGUCGGAAGCAAACUGCCCUUCAAUGAAAGGGGCAAAUCACCAGUCGUCAUAAAAAUACUCGAGGUAGAGGACGAAGAUCAGAAAAGCAGGAAUUCGGAAAAAGAAGGGGAACAGUAUAAAAAGCCGCCUUCUGAAGGGGCGAAAGCGACGAUUAGCAUGUCCUCUCUCGUUGACUUAACGGAAACGGAGAAGCCUUCCAAGUCUAAGAAAGCAUCCGACAAAAGGUCCAAAUCAAGGAGCUUGAAGAGGAAGUGCUCUCGGGACAGCAUCAGGGAGGGAAGAGGGUCGAAGAGAAGCUCCCCCACCAGGAGCGAAAAUAGGUGCAGCUCUAAAAACAGCCCCAGCUUCAUCGAGCACAAAAGCACCAAGACCGCCAUCAUGGAAAGCCGGCGAAAGCUCCUCUGGAAGAGAACGAGCGAGGAAGAGAUCCUAGCCAAAAUGGAAAUGGCUGCUGAAGUAAAAGGGGAGAGCGAAGAGCGUCUCGAAGAAAAUGAAAUACAUCUCAGGAGAAAGAGAAAGAGGUCGAAUUCAGGAGACUGCGGUUCACCCUGCAAGGAAAAGACAAAGAGCGGUACAGCCAGCCCAAAAGAAAGACACAUGAGCAUUGCGGCCCAAAAGCUGUCCACAAAGCCCAAGACGUACGACAAGCGGUCUUUGUACCGUUGCGGCACCCUCAGGCCAGAGCCGGAAACCCCUCACAACUGGCAGUGCUUCAUGAUGCACAAGCAGGAGCUAGACGACCACCGGAUGCCAGAGGAAGCCAGAAUGGCUAAAAAACGGCAGAAGAAGCCAACGAUCCCCGCGGCACCUUCGGACAUACCGGCCGGGGUCGAGAACGAGCUGAGACACCUCAAAUCACAGCUGUUCCACCUGAGGAAAGAGUGGGCGCACUUCAGCAGUAACUCGACUACUGCAGGGCACCAGAAGGACCGCAGAAAAAGAAAGCCGAUACAAAUCGACCCUGCUGAAGAUUGGAUUGUCAUGUAAUUCUUGUCGGUCUUCAGUCUAAGAGGGUGAAGAUUUAUAGCCAAAGGGGAAAAAGAGAAGAAUGGAAAAGAAAAAAAAAUCGAUUAAAAGUUCAAAAC